GCAUCCCCUGGCGCUCGCGGCCAAUUUCACGGCCUCUGGGCUCGGAGCCGUGCGCUGGAUCGUAAACCCGCCCGCGCCCGGGGAAAGGGGUCGGAGGGGGCGACCGGAGCGAAGACCUGCCAAGUUGUUGGCAAGGGUGUGUGUGUAUGUCAGGAGAGCACUUGGGUGAGGAGCUGCUGCCGCCUGAGCUGGGCCAGGACCUGAGACCCCAUUGCUACCGCCGCUGCCGCCGCCACUGCCACCACCGCCUCUGCUACUGCGGGGACCUCCCUGAGACCAGGCCAGGGACAGAGCUUCGCUGGCCAGAGGGGCUCCCUCUGCCCGCAGACAUCUGAGCAGAGACGACUGGCCGCCCUGAGCGCAAUUCAAUUCAACAGACAUUUACUGAGUGCCUACUAUGCGCCAGGCCUUAGGCUAGGCAUGGGGGUGGGGGCGCAGAGAGGAAGAUGGAGUCCUGUCCUCAGGUAGCUCCGGGGUGGGGUGGGGGCCAUAGAGAAGACUAGGCAAGUGCUGAACGACGACAGCUCAGCUCCAGGAGAGAAGCUGCCUGUAGGGUUGGAAGCAGUGGAGAUACCUUUGUUCAAGCACAUCCCUAAAGAGCUUCUGUCCCUCGUUUGUGCCUCAGUUUCCCUGUCUGUAAAAUGAGGGGAGGGGAAGUGGGAGUUAGACAGUCUUGAGGAUCCUUCCAGAAGUCCAUGGGAAUGGGAUCAGGGCAUGGGGGCAGAGUAGGGAGGCCAUUGCUCUCCUUUUGGAGAGGUAAUCUCUGAAGGCUUCUUGGAGGGGGAGGCAUGCAAUCUGGGCUGCAGGGGGUGGGGAAGGUGGAAGUGAUACCCCAGGCUCAAGAAUAGCAUGAGCAAAGGUCCAGAGGACAUGCCCAUGGGCAUCCCUUCAACUCUGUAGGUUGUGAAAGGAUGUCUUAGGGUAUGAGUUCAGAGAGGGAGGGAGGGACCGAGGGCUGCAUGUCAGGGUGUGAGCUCUACUCUGUGGGCUGUUGAGGAUGGAGAGUCAGGAACAGUGGUCCUGAUUUGUGCUGCCCCUUUCACCUCCCCUCUCUCCCUGGGUUACACCUGAGGGUCACGUUCCCAUAGAACCCGUGGCCGUGGUUGUGCCUGCACCGUGCUAGACACUUACCCAUUAGUGCCCAAUUGUAACCCCAGAAAGUGGAUGUUACUGGGCUCGAUUCACAGAUGAGGACACUGGGGCUUUUGCCCAAGGUCAUGAUCUGACCCCCAGCUCCUCCAUGCUCCUCCCACUAGCUCUCAUUUUGGGAGUCCCUGUCCUCUGUGACACCCGCUGUCCUAUGAACCCCCAGGCUCUGAGGAGUGCCUGCUAAUGGCAGUGCAGCUGAGUUUGGAGGUGAGGUUGGGCAAACCCUCAGAUAUCGCUAGAAGAACCAGCUUCCUCCAAGACCUGAAUUUCUGCCCCCACUGCAACCCUCUGAGAUGGGGGUGAGGUGGGGCUCCUUCCCACUUUACAGAUGAGCAGAGGCCCUAGGAGUCAUAUGGCUGGUCCCAGGUUGAGGCAGAGACAGCCUGGGCAGGGAGCCCCAUCUUCUUAUCAUCCAGCUGAGGCUGGAGGGAGGUUCGGAUCCCCUAAGAUCUGUGCACAAGCUGACCCCCACAGCCCUCCCCAGGGAGUGGAAAGGACUGGCAUUGGAAUCACAGACCUGGGUUCAAAUCCUGGUUUUGUCUUGCACAAACAGUGUGAUCUUGAGCAAGUCAUUAAUUACUCUGAGACUCGGUUUCCUUACCUAUAAAGAGAGCAGACGUCUUUCAUUUAGCCAUUAUCAGAUAUAUAUUCAGCACCUUCUGGGUGACCGGGGCUGGGCUCUGAUGGAGAAUCGGGCCCUUUCUUGGAGAACUCAGUUCAGGAGUAUAAGCAGAAGUUAUGAUUCCAGUUGUGAUAGAAGAAGUUCAGGGGUAUGUGGGAACCCACAGGAGGGACCCCAACCAGAGCAUUUUAAUUGGUGGUGGAAUCGGGGGAGGCAGGAGGGCAGGAGAGGAAAGCAGGAACCAGCUUUGCAGGACCCCAGGGGCUGGGCUUCAGAUGCCUGCUGUUGGAAAUUUUCCUGAUCAGUAGGGAGCCAGUGAAGGCUUUUGAGCAGGGGAGUGCCAUGUUCAGAUUUAUGGUUUAGAGUGCUCCUCCUCUGCCGGGUGUAGGGGGCAGUGAGGAUGCUGAUUGAGAGAUUCAUUUUGGGUGAGGAAGGAGGCUGGAGCAGGGCAGGAGCAGUAGGAGGAGGGCAGCAGGGCAGGAGACCUUCCAAGUGUGGGCCACUGUGGAUGCUUCUAGCUAACUCAGGGAAUGGGGAGAGAAGCGAGGCUGGGGAGUGGGUGAGCAGUGGGAGGUGUGUCCCGUCGUGGACGAGGACAGGUGGAGUUUCAGGCACCAGGGAGGGGUUUGAAAGGCAGCUGGGAGGUGGUGGUCAGCACCAAGCUGGUAACAGAAGCCUUGGGAGGAGCAGAGAUGCGGGGUGGGGGUGGGAGGAGCGGUGGGGAAGCAGGUUUGGGAAGAGCAGAGAGCUGGCUCCAGGACCUCAGGGAAGGUCACUGCGAGGAGCCCAAGGGGAGUGGCCUGGCAGGUAGGCGGGAUGUCGAGGUGUAGGGACUUAGGUCUGCAGGGAGAUGACAGAAGUCACAUGUGUCAGGCACUUGGCCUAGUGCCAGGCUCACAGGAUGGGGCCCAGGAGGGUCAGUUCUCACCUUCCUUUCACCGGAAGGCAGAACUGUAGUCUGUCCCCUUGCUGCCCUGAGGAGGAGGCCACCUAGGAGGAAGGUGUUUGGGAAGGAGGGAAAGGGGAAAAAACAUUUGCAUGCAUAACCAGGCUGAAGUGAGGGAGAGAGAAAGAGGGAGCAGGAGAUGAAAAGAAAUUACCAUACGCCGGGUUCUUGUUAUUCAACCCAAUUUUCAAAGGACCACAGCUGUCGCACUGAGAUAAUCCGUUAAUUAUAACAGCCAUUGUGCUCUGGCAAUGGGAGAGAAACCGAGGCUGGGGAACAAGCUGAAGGCAGGGGUGGGGGCAGGCCUUUGGGGGGGCUGGACCUACAUAUGAGAGGGGGCAGGGACAGGCAGGAAGGCCGACGCUGGCAGGGUUUGGGCCUCGACCAUUCCUCGCUGCCAAGGUUGCGGCAGUGGGUGACAAGGACCAGCUGUGUGCCUGGCACUGUGCCACGCCUGUGAGCCAGGCCACCAUCACCCUUCUAGAGGCAGCUAGCUUUAUUGAGCACUUACUGUGUGCCAGACCCUGCUCUGUAGAUUUCAUCCUACCGCCCUCGGAGGUAGUGCCUUUCUAGUCCCAUUUUACAGAAGAGGAGACUGAGACUCAGAGGAAAAAAGUAGCUUGCCAAGGCCAUGCUCUUUGUCCAGUGGCAGAGCUGGGAUUUGAGCUGAAUGUGGCCUGUCCUUCCAGGACGAUGCUAGGGAGGGCCAAUCUCCAUGGGUUUGCCACACGAACUUGGUGGCCACGUGUCCCAGGCCGUGGUCUCUGCGCAGCCGGCAGUCCACAGGGUGGCCCUCCCCUGGGCAUUUCCGGGGCUCCUCUUGCACAAACAGAGCUUCCUUGUUCUCUGAUGCCACAGCUGCAGGCCCCCGCAGACCUCCCUACCCACCCGCACCAGAACAGCUAGUCUCAGGGCCGAGAGAGGGACCCCACGCUCCUGCCUGGUUCGGGCUUGUGAUGGGCUACAGCCCGGGGAGGGGUCUCAGCCUGGCCAUGGCUGGCUGUGGACCCUGGGUGCCGGGCCCUGGGAGAAGUGGUGGGGAGGCUGGUCAGGAGCCCCAGGUGAGCAGAGUGAGGGGAACCCGAGGUCUGUGGGGAGAGGGAUGGGAGCAAGAGCCCAUUCCAGAAACCCCAGAGUCCUUUGCUACAGGCCCUGCUCUGGGGUGUCACUUCAGCAGCUGAGGCCUCAGGCCUCCUGGUGUCCACAGCGGCCUUGUCCAGAACCUCGGCCCAGGCUGGCUGGCAGUGUUUUACUGAGUAGGAAUCAUACUUGGGAGUGAGUAACCCUCACACCCUAACAGGAGCCCCAGACUUGACCUAGAACCCAAGCAGCAUCGUUGGAGAGCCAGGGGCCCCACAGGGUGACAGGCAGGCCUGGAGGGCUGUAUGGGUGCUCUCCUGCUUGGGGGUCCCCACUCCAGUGGGCCUGCUUGGAAGCAGGGGUGUGGGAUGGGUCAGGGCAGCCAGAAAUCCUGUAGAAUUGGUGACACAGAGGCUAUCACGCAGCCCAUUUUUUGGAUCAAGGAAUUGUAGAUAUAUUGUAGAACUCUUGAGGCCCAGAUUCAUAAUCAGAGACCCUCCCCUAUACCAAAAAAAAAAAAAAACACCCAGAACCACAGAACCAGGGAGGCAGGGGCUGUGGCACCCUUGAGGUCUCCCCCACAGGCUGGGAUUCUAAUCGUCCCCACCCUGGGGUUCCCUCUGUGGCUGGCCUCACAAACCCCAGUGCCCGGGGGUCAGUGGCAACCUCAGCCAGAGGGGCAGGGAGGAGGGUAGGCCCACCCGGGCUGGCCCCACCCGUUCUGUCUCCGCAGGGCUGCAGAGCCUGGGCAGCCAGGUCUUCCGGGUUUUUCAGUGGAUUCUGGAAAUGAGGAUUAAAAAAAUAAAAUCUCCCAAGUUUUCAACCUUGGCAACUAAUUGAAAAAAAAUUUUAAACCAUUGUCCAGAUGAAACAAGAUCCCACAGCCCAGUGCCAUGGAGGGUCCAGGCCAGUGUGUAGUGGUUGUGAAACCUCAGUUUCCUCCUCUGUAAAGUGGGAGUAACAGCAGUACCGACUCCCGAGGUUAUGCAGAGGAUUAAGUGAGUUCACAGGAAAAGCACUCAGGCCUCGCCCAGGUCAGCCCCUGACUCUGUUUUCGUCUUGCCCCAGGCUGCCCAUCCCUCCCCUGCCAGCUGCCUCCGGGUGGGCUACGUUCUCCGCCACCCGGAGCCUCCACUUCUCCCCACGGGCUCCAGAUGCGCCACCCCGCCUUGGGACAGCCCUGAGGGUGUUGGAAGGCAGGGAAAUGUUCACCCCUUGGGGCCCUGGAGAAGGAGCAGGAGGAGGAGGCAGAGCCGGGAGGGCGGGCCUAGCCGGCGCCUGGUACAUAGUAGGUGCUCCAUAAAUGUUUAUUGAAUGAAUGAAUGGAGGCCAUGCAGGCAGAGGCAGCCACGUGUGCGCAGGCACUGGUGAAAGAGUGGAGACUGAUGAGGAGCUGAGGCCCAGAGCAGCCUGCCUGAGGAGCUCUGGUGAGGUGGAGGCAGCGACAAGGCCCAGUAUCCAGUUCCCAGAGGGGUGGCAAGCUUUGUCCCCGAGGGUGGAAUGGUGGCAGCCCAUCUCUGGGCCCCCUGGCCUCGUGCUACGCUUCCAGCAGGAGAGGAACCAGGUGACAGAUGGGUCUCUUCCUUCCUGCCCCCGUCUCUCGUGCUCCCCCCUCAGAGCUCCAGUCUCCAGCCUCCCGUGGGAAUCGUGGGAAUUGUCUGAAGUUCUGAGCCCAGAACCCCAGGAGGAAGAAGAGGAGGAGGAGGCAGAGGGAGAGGAAGUCAAGCCCCCAGAGCCUGGGUACCUUCCCGGCAGGAAAGGAGCAACUCGUGGAAGCAGGCUGUGGGGCCCACAGCCCCACCUGGCCCCGGUGCCCAGCACCCGUGGGUAGCACGCCGGAACGCCCCUGGCCGUUGGCACGGGCCGUGCCUGCCUCACCUGGGGCCCCCGUGCUGGGGGUCGCCCCCAAGAUGGUGGCGGCCCCAGGGAGGACUGUGCUGCAGGCCCCAGCCUCCAGCCUCUAGGCCCCUCGAGCCCCGGCCCCCCACUCUGAGCCUGGCCUGCGCGGGGGCCGCGGCCGGAGCCAUGCUGCGCCUGGGGCUGUGCGCCGCCGCGCUGCUCUGCGUGUGCCGGCCGGGCGCCGUGCGCGCCGACUGCUGGCUCAUCGAGGGCGACAAGGGAUACGUGUGGCUGGCCAUCUGCAGCCAGAACCAGCCGCCCUACGAGACCAUCCCACAGCACAUCAACAGCACUGUGCACGACCUGCGGCUCAACGAGAACAAGCUCAAGGCCGUGCUUUACUCCUCGCUCAACCGCUUCGGGAACCUCACCGACCUCAACCUCACCAAGAACGAGAUCUCCUACAUCGAGGACGGCGCCUUCCUGGGCCAGUCGAGCCUGCAGGUGCUGCAGCUGGGCUACAACAAGCUCAGCAACCUGACCGAGGGCAUGCUGCGCGGCAUGGGCCGCCUGCAGUUCCUCUUCGUGCAGCACAACCUCAUCGAGGUGGUGACGCCCACCGCCUUCUCCGAGUGCCCGAGCCUCAUCAGCAUCGACCUGUCCUCCAACCGCCUCAGCCGCCUCGACGGCACCACCUUCACCGGCCUGGCCAGCCUCAUGGUGUGCGAGCUGGCCGGCAACCCCUUCAACUGCGAGUGUGACCUUUUCGGCUUCCUGUCCUGGCUCGUGAUCUUCAACAACGUCACCAAGAACUACGACCGCCUGCAGUGCGAGUCUCCGCGGGAGUUUGCCGGCUACCCGCUGCUGGUGCCCCGGCCCUACCACAGCCUCAAUGCCAUCACCGUGCUCCAGGCCAAGUGCCGCAACGGCUCACUGCCCGCCCGGCCGGCAAGCCACCCCACGCCCUACUCCACCGACGCCCAGAGGGAGCCCGACGAGAACUCGGGCUUCAACCCCGACGAGAUCCUUUCGGUGGAGCCGCCGGCCUCGUCCACCACAGAUGCUUCUGCGGGGCCGGCCAUCAAGCUGCACCACGUCACCUUCACCUCGGCCACCCUGGUGGUCAUCAUCCCGCACCCCUACAGCAAGAUGUAUGUCCUGGUCCAGUACAACAACAGCUACUUCUCCGAAGUCAUGACGCUCAAGAACAAGAAGGAGAUUGUGACGCUGGACAAGCUGCGGGCGCACACCGAGUACACCUUCUGCGUGACCUCGCUGCGCAACAGCCGCCACUUCAACCACACCUGCCUGACCUUCACCACCAGGGACCCGGUCCCGGGCGACCUGGCGCCCAGCACCUCCACUACCACCCACUACAUCAUGACCAUCCUGGGCUGCCUCUUCGGCAUGGUCAUCGUGCUGGGAGCCGUCUACUACUGCCUGCGCAAGCGCCGCAUGCAGGAGGAGAAGCAGAAGUCGGUCAAGGUCAAGAAAACCAUCCUGGAGAUGCGCUACGGGGCCGAUGUGGAUGCUGGCUCCGUCGUCCACGCCGCCCAGAAGCUGGGUGAGCCCCCUGUGCUGCCCGUGUCCCGAAUGUCCUCCAUCCCCUCCAUGAUCGGGGAGAAGCUGCCCACCUCCAAGGGGCUGGAGGCUGGGCUGGACACGCCCAAGGUGGCCACCAAGGGCAACUAUAUCGAGGUGCGCACGGGCACGGGUGGUGAUGGCCUGGCCCGGCCCGAGGAUGACCUCCCCGACCUGGAGAAUGGUCAGGGCUCGGCCGCUGAGAUCUCCACCAUCGCCAAGGAGGUGGACAAAGUCAACCAGAUCAUUAACAAUUGCAUCGAUGCCCUCAAGUUGGACUCGGCCUCUUUCCUGGGGAGCGGCAGUGGUAGCGGGGACCCUGAGAUGGCCUUUGAAUGCCAGUCCCUCCCUGCAGCCUCCACCGCCUCUUCAGCUGCCACCCCCGGGGCACUGGAGCGGCCCAGCUUCCUCUCACCCCCUUACAAGGAGAGCUCCCACCACCCGCUGCAGCGCCAGCUGAGCGCCGAUGCCGCCGUGGUGGCCCGCAAGACUUGCAGCGUCUCCUCUAGUGGCUCCAUCAAGAGUGCCAAGGUCUUCAGCCUGGAUGUGCCGGAUCAUCCGGCUGCCACGGGACUGGCCAAGGGCGACUCCAAGUACAUCGAGAAGGGCAGCCCCCUAAACAGCCCACUGGACCGGCUCCCACUGGUGCCAGCUGGCAGCGGCGGGGGCAGUGGCGGGGGCGGCGUCCACCACCUGGAGGUGAAGCCUGCCUACCACUGCAGCGAGCACCGGCACAGCUUCCCGGCCCUGUACUACGAGGAGGGCACCGACAGCCUGAGCCAGCGCGUGUCCUUCCUCAAGCCGCUGACCCGCUCCAAGCGGGACUCCACCUACUCGCAGCUCUCCCCCAGACACUACUACUCAGGGUACUCCUCCAGCCCUGAGUACUCGUCCGAGAGCACGCACAAGAUCUGGGAGCGGUUCCGGCCCUACAAGAAGCACCACCGGGAGGAGGUGUACAUGGCUGCUGGCCACGCCCUGCGCAAGAAGGUCCAGUUCGCCAAGGACGAGGACCUGCACGACAUCCUCGAUUACUGGAAGGGGGUCUCAGCCCAGCAGAAGCUGUGACCCUCUCCUCCCUGGUGAGGUUGGAGGGGGAGGGCCAGGGGCACGUGGGGAAGGGCCCCGGGCGGCCAGGCAGGGGGCGCGCGGGGGGCCGAGGCCGAGGAGCAGACGCACACGCACACCCGCACGCACGCACCCAUGCACACACCUGACCACCACCUGACUGUGAACAACCACCACCCGACAAUAACAGACAGGAAAACAAGGACAUGUUCUCCUUAAAGUUUACACACUGAUACCGAAACCAGUCGUCUUUACUGUGCUGCCCAGGGACUCUGCUGGGGUGUGCGGGCUGGGGAGGGGCAGGGGGGCAGGUGAGGAAGCCAGAAGAGGGUGUGGGGUCUGGGGCUCUGGGACUAGGGACAGGUGUGGGGGCAAAGGAGCCUGGGGUGGGGAUGGACUGAAGCCCCCCUGAGGCAGGGAAAAGGUCCCCCAAGCUGGGGAACCAGUCACUUGGAGAUUUAGUAGCAGAUGGACAUUGAGCAUCAUUUCCUUCCUUUAUGGAUGGGGAGACUGAGGCACAGAGAAAGGAAGUGAUAACCCCAGGGUCACGUGGCAGGUUAGAGUCUGUCUCCCAACUUCCCAGCUCAGUGCUAUUCCCCCACCCCCAGUGGUUCCCCCAGGGACCUCACCCUCUGUCCACCCAGUACCAUUUCCAGGGCUGUGGUCUCCUGGGGCUGAGGGACUUGAGAAUCAGGUGGGUGCUUUUCCCUUCUAGAAAGCCUCAUGGCCAUGCCCCCAGAGCGUGGAGCUGUGACAUCAUGUGUGCAGUGGAGGGGGGGGUUUGUCCCGCCACCAACAAGCACCCAGAAGAGGUGGGAGGUCCUGCUGACAGGAGAGGAGCAGAGAUGUGGGGACAUUCCACCAGCCCCCUUCAAGUGUCUUCCAGGUCGCCUGGGAGCUGCUGAGGGGGUCUGAGGAGAGCGGCUGGGCCAGUGGCCACCACGUCUCAGGUGCAGGCCCCCACACCCCGGCCCCCCAGCCUCUCUGGGCCUCCAGGACCCCUAUUCAUCCCAGAAGGGCAGCAGUGAACUGUGAUGCCCGGGGGCAGCAGAGAGGUGGGGUCUCAUGGGGGCCUUCCUGCCUACGCCCCCACAUCCUGGCCUCCCACCUGCCUGGCCACCAUCAGGGGCUCCUGGGGCAGCAUGUCAGUCUGCCCAGAGGAAGGAGGGCUUUCCCACCCAUCCCCUCUUGGCUUCCUGUCCCUGCCUCAUCCCCUGGCCUGAGGGGCUCCUGUGUUUCUUUGGAAAUGGCCACUUCUCCCUUGCUGACCCCCACCCAACAUCGAACAAAGCACAAACGGUGAGCACCCCCCAACCCCCGCUGGGAAGGAGGAGGCUGGGUUGGUGGAGCCCCUCCCCUCCCUGGCCAGCCUCUGUCGCCAUGGCAAUCCAGAGCCUGGCAGUUGGGACCGUUGGGCUCCUGGGGGUUCUCUCUCAGUGUGGGCGGCAGAGGGCGGUGAGGGAAGACAGGGCUAGAGGAGGCUGCCACUUUUCUCAAGAGCUAGUGGCUUCCUGGGGUGUGCCCUGAGAGGCAGAUCUGGGGUCCUGAGGCUGUGGGGUCUGGAACACUGUCUGGGUGUCCCCUCACCUGUGGCUGGGAGGUGGGCCGGUGGGCGGUGGGGACAGCUGUAGCUUUGUCACUGUGCCCCUUGGCGCCCUGCCCACCUCAGGAAGGGGAGGAGCCCACUCUGUACUCCCCACACUCCUGCCUUGGGCCUGUCACCCAGUUGGGUUUCUUGAGAUUUCGGGAGUGUGACUGUGGGGGUGAGGGUGGGUGCUGGGAUGGGACCAAGACCUGUACUGUGUGGGGGAUUCUGACCAGGAGAGCUAGUGCCAUUCCCUGGGCAGGAGGCUCCAGCGACCUUCUUGCCAGGGGUAGGGUCUGGGGGAGGACAGUGGAGGACAAGGGGACCUUGGGACUCAACUGAGCACCUCUCUCACACCCACUUGGGGGACAGACCAAGCCCGGGGCUCACUUUGGGGGUGACAUUUGCAAAGAAAGGACUGUUCUCCUGGGGAGUGGAAGGGAGGUGGCCAGCACGGAUAUGCAGAGCAGACCUCCCUCAACUCCCCCAAACCUGCCUCCCAGCCCCUCCUCACACCGGAUUGGCGAAACAGAAAAGCAAGCAGGCGGAGAAGCCAGUGGUGUGAGAAAGCAGAUUCCCUGUUAUAUUUGCAUGACGAUUUUACUGUAUUUUUCUGAGCAAACAUCUGUCGUGUAUGUGCCCGUUUGUCCAGACUCCCUUUUCCCCUCCCCGCCCCCCGACUCCCACAGUCCCCCUGUUGUGAUCUGACAAGCAGCUCUUGAAACCUGGGGAGGGGCCAGCUCUGCAAAAGACCCAAAACAGGUGCCACGAAAGCAUAGCCCCCGCCCCACACCCGCCUCCUGUUUUUCUGGAUGUUGGUCCCUCAAGUGCCACCUCCCAUCCUCCCAUCUGUCCUCGCCCCUUCCCUGCUUCCCUGCCAGGGAAGGCCCCGGGGAGGGGAGUGUGAAAGAACCUCUUUUCUGUCCCACUUGCUCGCAUUUUGCAGAUGAAGAGGUCGGGCCCCCAAAGAAGGAGGGGUCUGGUGACUCGCCUGCCAGGUGGCGGGGCUCAGUCACACUGCUGAAUACAGGAGGCCAAGAGCUUGGGGCUUCAUGGGCAGCUUUACAGGGAGGCUUGGGCCCUGAGGGAGGAGCCCAUGGGAGGAAGGGGGACUCCUGACCUUGGCCUGGCCUUACUGGAGUUGGAGCUGUCCACAGCGGGGUGGUUCCCUGCAGCAGGAGCCAGAGCCCCCAUGACCCCUUGCCAUUCUCCUAUCAUUCCUGGUUGAAGAUGACCUAUAAAAACCUCAGACAGGCUCACUUUGGGGGGCUUUAAAGGAUAGGCCCCUGUCCUAACCACAAGGGUCUUCCACUCCAGGAGGCGAAGUGACAUUCACAACCCAGGUCAUACGGACCUCUGAGACAGAAGAGGAUCUAAAACUCAGGCCUCUGGCCUCAUGGCCAGGCUGGGUCCCUCAGCUGCCCAGGCCAGGCUCUGGCUUUGGGGAAGGGGCAGCUGCCCUUUAGCUCACCCUGGGGGCUUUUCUGCAUCUGUGUCUUGUGUCUUGUUCAAUAUACUUCUUCCUCGGGAGGUGGUCGGGGAGGACGGGUAUAAUAUUCAUGAAAGACAAAUGAAAACUUAAGUCAAGGAAUCUGCUGGCUGGGGUCCUGUAUCUGUACUGGCGAUGAGGAUAGUGGAGCUGGGCCAUGGCCUGGGCAGUCCAGGAGGGCAGAUGGCCAGGGGAGAGGGGAAGGGGGGCUGCUGAGGAGGGGAGGCAGGGAGGGGUCUGGUGGAGUCGGGGGUGGGAGGGGGCGAGCCAGCUGGUGGAGAUAUGGGUGCCCCACCCUGGACCUCCUGGGGGAGGCCUCCCAGCCUUGGGUCCUGCCUGGGCCUGCUGUCGGUCAGAGAGUCUCCAGAGGAAAUUCCUGGGCGCCUAUUCCUGGGAAGGGGCGCACCGAUAGCGUCGCUAACUCUCUGUUGGAGCUAAUGGCCUUCCAGAAGUGAAAAGCGGAGGUCUGGCAGGAAGAAAGCUGAGUCUGGUGCGGCCACCUCCUCAAGGGUCCCAGGCUGGCUUCUCCCUUCUGCAGGAGGGGAUCGUCUGGUCCCCCGAAGGCCUCUCGCCCCUGACCCCUCCUCUGGGACAGAGCAGGAGGACUGUGGCAGCCGCCUGUGUCCAGGCUGGGAAAGCACUGUCUGCCAGGUGAUGGGAGUAGACAGACCGCCUUGGGGAGCCCCAGAGAGGUGGGGUAGAGAGCCUGGGCCUGGCUGAGGGUCUCUGAUGUUCCCAAUGAGAAGUCACUCAUCUGCCUCCUCCGUCCUGGCCAUUUAACAGAAGGGGAAACGGAAGCUCAGGAAAGGGAAGGAAGGAAAUCUUCUAGGGUCUCAAAACCAGUUAAAGACAGACUGAGGACAGGAAAGGGGCCAGGCACAGGGGACAAGAGUCACAGGUCCCAGCUUAUAAGAGGCUUACAUGCAGUGAAGGGAUAGCCACAAAAUGUUCCCCAGUGAUGGAGACUGUGCAGAGAAUUAAAAUAGGGUGACGGAAGGGCUGGAUGUCCCCAGGCACCUCCUUGAGCCCCCUCCCCCACUACUCUGCCCCAGCCCUUCGAGACAUCCCACCCCAUUCCUGAUGGACAGGGCCCUCCUUCUGGGGUGGGGGAUGGGGGAUCAAGGCACCGGGAAGCCCGGGGGUGUCUGACCCCUGUGAGGCUUAAGGGGCAGGGCUGAAGUUUGCCCGGAGGCCACUGUGAAGAUUCGGGCUCUCCUGACCCUCAUACUGUUCUCCUCCCUGCCAAGACUUUUGCUACACAGAGGCCACCUCAGUCCCAGGAGCUGCCCUGCUCCUCGUCCUCCAUCCUGCCCUUCUAUCCUCCCACCUUUUAAGACAGAACCAGUAUAUAGACUCCUUGCUCUCACGUCUGCUUCAGAGUCCCCCGUUAAAGGUCCGUCACUGCUGCCACUGAGCAGUAGGGAGAGGACCGGGGCUCAAAUGGGGUGGGGUGACAGGACCGAGGCCUCCUCUCCUUCCCUGGCCCCUGGCCAAACAAGCACAUGGCUGGGCAGGGCCGAGGGGGUCCACCCUUGCUCCUCUACUCCCUCCUUUCCCCUCAAGGAGCCACCAGCCCCUCGGCCCUGCCCUGUGGCAUGGCACCUGGUUUGGGUCCUGCAGAGUUGGGCUCCUGGCCCUGGGCUACGAACCUGUGAACCCCAGCUGUGUGUGGACCUUUUCUCCCUGGGGGGCGGGGCCUGAACUCUCCUUUUCUUCUUUUUUUUGGGGGGGGGGGUAACUUCAUUUAUUUUCUCUUCCCUAUAUCUGCCUCUCACUCCUCUCAAUUUCCCGUUUUAAACUGAAUGGCACGAAAUUGUUUUCCUCAACUCGGAGAUUCCUGUAUGGAGAGAAUCAAUUUCUAU